AUGCAACUAACCCUCGACACCAAAACAAAAGCAGUAGCUUCGAAGUGUUUCCACAAUAACAGCAAUAAAACACCUUACCUUCGAUACAUGAAUGCCUAUUGCUAUUUCCAUCUCACAAAUACCAAAAAAGAUAUCAGAAGGGAAGCUCUGUUUGAGAAAGCAAUUGGCUUUUAUAGGAAGGAAUUGAAGAGCAAAAAUGAUGAAAUAUUACAUUUCGUGAUCAAAAAUUUGGAAGACAAUAAUAAACAAAUGUUUAUUAUUGAUAAUUUCCAAAUAAUUGAAUUUUCACUUGAAGGGAGAGGUGUUUUUGACAGUGAAAUUGCCAAAUAUGCUACAACUCCUUCCCACCAUUGUCCCAAGCAGGAGAGUUUGGCUAGUGAAAUUGAACAACUUUCGAAACAAAUUAGUGUUGCCCACACAGUCUAUCAAUCUUGUGUCGAUGUUGUGGGAAUGGAAUCUAUUAAAGAGGAGGCAGAAAUCAAACUCAGCAAACUAUGUAGAAGUAAGAUUGAAAAACAACAAAAACUUCAUCAAUAUAAGGACAGAGCUUUAUACAUGAAAUUAUAUAGAAGAAGAACAGUGGCUAUCAAGCACAAAACAAUAGGCAGGCCUAGUAAGGUUGGCAAUAUCGCAGAAUUGUUAAAAACUACCCUGCCAGCAGAUUACAGCGAAGCACAUCCUCGCCGAAGAGAUGGCCAUAUCUACACCUUGGCCAAUGGUGUUGAGGUUAUCAAAGAAGGAAUUGCUCUUAUUAAGAACAAAACUGGGAUAACGUACUCACCUUCUACUUUAAAACGUUUUUUUGUGGGGAAAAGAAAAACAAAAGCAUUCAAGUUGAAGUCUAAGGAUGCUUUUAUUCGCGUAAUGAAAAUCAGAAGCAACAGAAUGAUUGAACACAAGGACAAACAUAUUGCGUGUGCGUUGAUGAAAUAUAUUCGUGAACUUGCUUUCAAAUUAGAUGAUGAUGUUACAGUGGUAUCCGUUGACCAAAAGGCAAAGAUUUAUACUAAGGGUCCUGCUGUGAGUAAAUCUACUGCUGUUGCUGUUGACUCAUCAUUAACAAGAUCAAAACUACCAGCCCUUCCAGACCACAACUUCGGCAACACUAAGGAAAAUAGUGUUACACCGAAUGUAAUGUCAGUAUUAAGAGUUUCUAAGGAAGGGAAUAACAUUACUUGGAAAAGACAAUGCGUGCUUGUAAGGUUGCGCAGUAGUUGUAAUGAUGAUAGAUUUUCGCAUCUAGAUGACCUUGAAUGGUUUUUUGAAGAACUAAAACUCCGUAAUUUAUUACACGGAAACGUUAUUAUGAUCACAGAUAAUGGGCCUAAAGUGCAACCAAGAAACAGGAAAGUUCAAUCUGAAGCAUAUUACAUUUUCAAAAAAUACAAUCUUGAUUCAUUAAUUCAGUGCUCCUAUAGUCCACAUGCAUCUGCUUUGAAUCCAGUUGAGAAAGACCAUUUCCCAAUCUCAAAGAAGCUUGCUGGUUUAUUCGAUAUAGAUAAGGAGAUAUAUGGAUCGUCCAAAGAGCCCCAAAAAAGACAAAAGAAUCACAAUGUUGUGUUGAAGCAAUUGUGUUUACUUAUUAAUGAAAUACCAUCAUACCACUGCACAUACGUCCCCACCAACCAAAAUUCAAUUCCAAACACUCUGCCUUCUUGGCCAACUUGGGAAAAUAUUUUUUCCUUUUUGGAGGGAAAGGAAACAGAAGAGGAUUGCUUGAUCAAGAAAUUAAUUAAGGAUAUUCAUUACCUUAGUAGAGAUGGUAAUGGAUUGUACACUUUUGUAAUUAGAAAGGAAGAUUCAUCAACAACAUUUUACCAACAGCUAGCACAAUACAAUGGCUUCAUACCUCACCCCAUCCCUGACAAAAAUAACCAAAGAAAAAACAAUGAAGACUAUCCCAACGACGAUAAUCUUCAUUAUUGUUUAUUCGAAGAUAGAUUGAAAGAUAAUUCCAUAGCCUUAAAUUUACAUUUCCCUUCAUACCAACAAUAUGGAACCAAAUUUAUUUGCAAGUAUUGUAAAAGAUUUCAUUAUAGUGAGAAAGAAUUGGAAGUUCAUGCUAAAUGUUGUGAAAAGACUUUAUCAAAUAUAGAAGAUGAUUCAUUGGAGUUACAUGAAAAACAAACCAAACCAAACAUUUUUUCAAUUCCUGGACGAACAUUGAAUCAUGCAUUUUCACAAUGUGUCACAGAAACUCUUCCGAGAAGAACAAAGAAGAGAUCGUAUAUUGAUGUUGAAGAAGAACAUGAAGAAGAAUAUCAAGAACAAGAAUUGGAACAAUCAGCAGAUUAUGAUCAAGAACAAGAGAAGGAAUUGGAACAAGAGAAAGAAUUGGAACAAGAAGAGGAACCAUUAAAGAAAAAGAAACGUGGUAGACCAAAGAAAUCACAAUUCAAAGAACCAAUGAAAUCUCAAGUUGAAGAAGCAGUAAAGAGAAAGCCUGGUAGACCACGAAAGAAGAAAUAA